AAGAAAAAACAAACCCCCUCCGCCUCCUCUCCAACUCACGCCUCUCCCACCUCGCCGGCGCCGGCGCCCCCCCGCCGCUGCCGCCAUGAGCGCCCUGCAGGCCUCCCUCCUCCUCCGCCCCCUCCCCUCCCCCCUGCCCCAACGCCGCCGUCUUCCACUCCCCCCCAACUCCCUCUCCUUCCCGCACCACCGCCGCCCCCCGCUCUCCCUCCGCGCAUUGGCCUCCGACGGGCCCUCCCAGUCGCCCGACCCGCCCGCGGCGGCCGCGGCCGCCGCGGCGGAGGGUCCCGCUCCCGAGGGCGGCAAGGAGGAGCUGGAGGACCUGGUGGACAGGGCUAGGGUUUGGGCCCUCGCCCUCGCGGCCGCCCUCGUCAACGCCGCCAGGAGGUUCGUAGACUGGGUCGUGUCCGGCGACUGGAUGAGCUGGUGGCCCUUCUGGCGCCCCGACCGCCGCCUGCAGAGGUUGAUCGACGACGCCGACGCGGACCCCAAGGACGCCGCCAAGCAGAGCGCGCUGCUCCACGAGCUCAACAAGUUUAGCCCAGAAGACGUCAUUAAAAGAAUUGAGCAAAGAAGUCACGCGGUGGACAGCAAAGGUGUUGCAGAGUACCUCCGAGCUCUCAUUCUCACCAAUGCUAUUGCUGAUUACCUACCAGAUGAACGGUAUGGGCGUUCGGCAACCCUACCAGCUCUGUUGCAAGAAUUGAAGCAGCGUGUAUCUGGGGAUGAGGACAAGCCUUUCUCAAAUCCUGGGAUAUCACACAAGCAACCAUUGCAUGUUGUAAUGGUUGAUCCUAAAGCUACCGGUAGAUCAACUCGCUUUGUUCAAGAGAUUUUCUCGACUAUCUUGUUCACAGUUGCUGUUGGACUAAUGUGGGUAAUGGGUGCCGCUGCGCUACAAAAGUAUAUUGGUAGCCUAGGUGGAAUGGGCGCGUCUGGUGUUGGUUCUAGUUCGUCAUAUUCUGCAAAAGACUUGAAUAAGGAUGUAACUCCGGAGAAGAAUGUCAAGACAUUUAAAGAUGUCAAAGGCUGUGAUGAUGCAAAGAAAGAACUUGAGGAAGUUGUCGAGUAUCUGAGAAACCCUACAAAGUUCACGCGCCUUGGUGGAAAGCUACCAAAGGGAAUACUUUUAACUGGAGCUCCAGGAACUGGGAAGACACUACUUGCGAAGGCCAUUGCAGGUGAAGCUGGUGUGCCGUUCUUUUACCGAGCAGGUUCUGAAUUUGAAGAAAUGUUUGUUGGUGUCGGUGCUCGGAGAGUGAGGUCCUUGUUUCAAGCCGCAAAGAAAAAGGCACCAUGUAUUGUUUUCAUUGAUGAAAUAGAUGCCGUGGGAUCCACUAGAAAACAGUGGGAAGGGCACACAAAGAAAACAUUGCAUCAACUUCUUGUUGAGAUGGAUGGAUUUGAACAAAAUGAGGGAAUAAUAGUAAUGGCUGCAACAAACUUGCCAGACAUUCUUGAUCCGGCACUUACGAGACCUGGUAGAUUUGAUAGACAUAUUGUUGUCCCUAGCCCUGAUGUGCGCGGCCGCCAAGAUAUUCUGGAUCUCUAUUUGCAAGACAAGCCAGUGGCCACUGAUGUGGAUGUCAAUGCAAUUGCCCGUAAUACCCCUGGCUUUAAUGGGGCUGACCUUGCAAACCUGGUAAACAUUGCAGCAAUUAAGGCUGCAGUUGAAGGUGCUGACAAGUUGAAUGCAUCACAAUUGGAGUUUGCCAAAGAUCGUAUCAUCAUGGGUACUGAAAGGAAAUCAAUGUUCAUAUCUGACGAAUCGAAAAAGCUUACUGCAUAUCAUGAAAGUGGGCAUGCUAUUGUUGCACUCAAUACCAAGGGCGCUCAUCCAAUUCACAAGGCAACUAUCCUGCCUCGUGGAUCUGCCCUUGGAAUGGUUACACAACUUCCCUCACAGGAUGAGACUUCUAUCAGCAAGAAACAACUCCUGGCACGUCUUGAUGUUUGCAUGGGUGGAAGGGUUGCUGAAGAGCUUAUAUUUGGGGAAGAGAACGUUACAACUGGAGCAAGGAAUGAUCUUCAUACUGCAACAGAGCUUGCUCAGUAUAUGGUAUCAAACUGUGGGAUGAGUGAUGCUAUUGGUCCAGUGCAUGUGAGAGAACGUCCGAGUGCUGACAUGCAAUCGAGAAUAGAUGAAGAGGUGGUCAAACUCCUAAGAGAAGCUUAUGAGCGGGUCACGCGUUUACUAAAGAAGCACGAGAAGCAAUUGCAUGCUUUAGCAAAUGCCUUGCUAGAACGCGAAACUCUCACCUCCGAUGAGAUCAACAAAAUAGUCCAUCCAUACCAAGAACCCCAGCUUCCCUUCCAAGAAGAAGCAUUUGCGCUAACUUAGAUGUAGUACCAUUUGUUGCAUCAAGACGGUAGUCCCAACUGUAAAUCCGUGUACAGUAUUUGGAAAAUUGACUUCAGUUCUCACCAUUUUGCACAGAUGGGGUCAACCUGGGUUCAUUUUCCUUUUAGGUGAGCAUGCAGGAAUUUAGAAGAUGAGAUUGUCGGUGUUGGAAAAAAGUUGUGUGCUUAUGAGCUAAUGGUUGUCCGAUACGGCAAGGCUGACCCUGGCGCCAACAUGAAACUCCGAGUUGAGAAUUCCGUGCUCGGUUUAGUUAGGGAAGCAAUACAAGUGUAGCACUGCAUAUUUUGAAUGAACAUUUGGAUUUUUAUCCAA